AUGAGUAAGCCAGGUAAUGAUGUUGUUGUUCAGGAAGAUGGUGGUGCUCAAUUUCAGUCGUAUUUGAAUAAUGAUGGUAUAGACGAGUUAACGCCCCAAACUAGAAAACAUAGAGUCUCAUCGCUUUCCCUAUCCGACUUGAACCAAUGGCAAAAUGGGUUAACCAAAUUGAGUAACUCAUCGACGGCGCUAAAUGGUAGUAACAGCGAUCUCAAGAGUUCAUCUUCGGCUAAUUUGAAAAAAGUUGAUUCAUUAGCUAAAUUAUCAAGGAAUUCCUCAAUUAUCAAGAGAAAGAAGAAGAAAAUCAUUGACCACGAAAGAGUCGCUUCCUAUGCCUUUUGUUUCGAUAUCGAUGGCGUCAUUUUGAGAGGCCCCGAUACUAUUCCACAAGCAAUUGAAGCAAUAAAGAUGUUAAAUGGUGAUAAUAAAUACCAUAUUAAAGUCCCUUCAAUCUACGUUACCAAUGGCGGCGGUAAACCUGAAAAACAGCGUGCCGACGAUUUGAGUAAAAGGUUACAUACAACUAUUACCGAAGAGCAGAUCAUCCAGGGACACACACCAAUGAAGGAUUUGGUUGGCGUAUACAAUAACGUCUUGGUUGUUGGUGGUGUGGGUAACGUUUGCCGUAAUGUUGCUAAAUCAUAUGGAUUCAAAAAUGUAUAUACUCCAUUGGAUAUCAUGAAAUGGAAUCCUGCUGUUUCUCCGUAUCAUGAUUUGACCGAGGAGGAAAAAACUUGCACUUUAGAUGUCGAUUUCAGCAAGAUUCCAAUUGACGCAAUAAUGGUUUUUGCAGAUUCAAGAAACUGGGCUGCAGAUCAACAAAUCAUUUUGGAAUUAUUAUUAUCGAAAAAUGGUGUUAUGGGCACAUUAUCAAAAACCUUUGAUGAAGGGCCUCAAAUCUAUUUUGCCCAUUCUGAUUUUAUUUGGGCUACAAAUUAUAAGCUAUCUCGUUAUGGUAUGGGAGCUUUACAAGUUUCCAUAGCUGCUUUAUAUAAAGAACAUACUGGGAAGGAGUUGAAAGUUAAUAGAUUUGGUAAACCACAGCAGGGUACCUUCAAAUUUGCUAAUAAAGUUUUGAGCCGUUGGAGAAAAGGUGUUUUGGACGAACACUUGAAGAAGUUGAGUAUAAAUGAUCCAGACGCAAAAGAUGCCGAUAUAUUGAUAAACGAUGAUGGCGAAGAGAUAAUCAACCAAUCUAAAUUGGAAUCGUACUCGUAUUCAGAUAGUGAAGAAGAAGAAGAAGAAGAAGAAGAAGAAGAAGAAGAAAAAGAAAAAGAAAAGAGUAAAGAAUUGGCAGUUGGUGGUAAGAAAUCAUCAACUCUGAAGAUUGAUAAAAUUGGUGAGGUUGGUAAACCAGAUAAGAUUACUUUACAAUUACCACCUGCUUCAACUGUGUAUUUUGUUGGUGAUACACCAGAGUCAGAUAUCAGGUUUGCCAACUCUCAUGAUGCUUCGUGGUAUUCAAUUUUGGUUAAAACCGGUGUCUACCAAGAUGGUACUGAGCCAAAGUAUAAACCAAAGCACUUGUGUAACGACGUUUUAGAAGCUGUUAAAUUUGCUAUAGAAAGGGAACAUCAAAAGGAAUUGGCUGAAUGGAAUGAAACUGCUGAUGAUGAAGAUGAAGAUAAAGGAUCAAGGUUGAAUUUUGUUGAUUUGGUGAUGACACCAAGUGAUAAGAAGAAGAAGGAGGAAGAGGACAAGGAAAGGGAGAAAGAAAAGGAAAAGGAAAAGGAAAAGGAAAAGGAAAAGGAAAAAGAGAAGGAGAUUGCUAAAGAAGCAGAGAAAAAGGAGGAGCUUGCAAAAACACAAGAAACAUCAUCAGCAGCAGCAUCAACAGCAUCAUCAACAGCAGCAGCAGCAGCACCUGAAUCUGUUGAAAUUCCAGAUAAUUUAACUGAAUUAAUUGAUAAAGUUAAAGAUGUUGGUAAAUAG